CUUCUUUCUCCUCUCUUCAUCUAUCACCCACACUCUGCAACGCCCACGUCCCACGUCUACAACUUCAAUCAAAUCUCAAUUCUACUCUCAACUUUCACCCCAAACCCCAAAACCAUCAACAUGCCACCAAAGGGAGCCGCCGAGAAGAAGCCCGCCGCAAAGGCCCCAGCAGCCAAGGCUCCCGCUGAGAAGAAGGAUGCCGGAAAGAAGACCGCCGCAACUGGCGAGAAGAAGAAGCGUACCAAGACCCGCAAGGAGACCUACUCUUCAUACAUCUACAAAGUUCUCAAGCAGGUCCACCCGGAUACUGGUAUAUCCAACCGUGCCAUGUCUAUCCUGAACUCCUUCGUCAAUGACAUUUUCGAGCGCGUCGCAACUGAGGCGUCCAAGCUUGCCGCAUACAACAAGAAAUCCACAAUCUCGUCCAGGGAGAUCCAAACCUCUGUCCGUCUUAUCCUCCCAGGAGAGCUUGCCAAGCACGCCGUGUCGGAAGGCACCAAGGCCGUCACCAAGUACUCGUCUUCUGCGAAAUAAAUGUUCUCUGUUUGCGGGGUUUUACACAGGGUCUCGGAUAUGUUCGGUCUUCGGAGUCAUCUAAAUCAGAUGAUAAGGCCAGCAUGGGCUCGAUCUGGUCGGGUCUCUUUAAUGCGUUAUGGAUGGUGUGCUUUUACGGGGGCAAAUGUCUUCAGGGUCUGCUUUAUGGGUUACGUGGCUGUACAAUAAGCGUCUUCAGGGUUAGGAAUGCUGAAGG